UCGCUGCCUCCGCGCGGGCCGCCGCCGCCCCCGGGGAUGUGAGGGGCGCAGCUCGGCCGGCGGGGCACGGAGCGGUGCGGAAGCCGGCCGCAGACGCUCCACCUGCUUUGGCCUGGACUCAGCCUCCCAGGGCUAAAAAUAUUGCCCGGAGGCUCCUGAGCGGAAUAAGAUCGCGCUAAAUAGGGCACAGCGCUGCAGAGGCGACAGAGCUCCUCAGCCCGAGGGCUGGAGGAAGACUCCUGAGCUGCCGCUCCUGCCGCCCGGCAGCUAGCUGUCUUCUUCCGCCCAGCAAGCAGGUGUGUGUGGAGGCCAGUAUGAAGCUGAAAAAGCAGGUGACAGUGUGUGGGGCUGCCAUCUUCUGUGUGGCUGUCUUCUCACUCUACCUCAUGCUGGAUCGAGUGCAGCAUGAUCCCACCCGACACCAGAACGGUGGGAACUUCCCCCGGAGUCAAAUUUCUGUGCUGCAGAACCGCAUUGAACAGCUGGAGCAGCUGUUGGAGGAGAAUCAUGAGAUCAUCAGCCACAUCAAGGACUCUGUGCUGGAGCUGACGGCCAACGUGGAGGGCCCACCUGCCCUGCUGCCGUACUAUAUGGCCAAUGGCUCCUGGGUGGUGCCACCAGAGCCCAGGCCCAGCUUCUUCUCCAUCUCCCCUCAAGACUGCCAAUUUGCUUUGGGGGUCCAGGGCCAGAAGCCAGAGCUGCAGAUGCUGACUGUAUCAGAGGAGUUACCAUUUGACAACGUGGAUGGCGGCGUGUGGAAGCAAGGCUUUGACAUCUCUUAUAGCCCGCAUGACUGGGACACCGAAGACCUGCAGGUGUUUGUGGUCCCCCACUCUCACAAUGACCCAGGCUGGCUCAAGACCUUUGACAAGUACUACACAGAGCAGACCCAGCACAUUCUCAACAACAUGGUGUCCAAGCUGCAAGAGGACCCCCGGCGGCGCUUCAUCUGGGCGGAAGUCUCCUUCUUUGCCAAGUGGUGGGACAACAUCAAUGCCCAAAAGAGAGCAGCAGUCCGAAGGCUGGUGGGAAACGGGCAGCUGGAGAUUGCAACAGGCGGCUGGGUAAUGCCGGAUGAGGCCAACUCCCACUACUUUGCAUUGAUUGACCAGCUCAUUGAGGGACACCAGUGGCUGGAGAAAAACCUCGGUGCAACCCCGCGCUCAGGCUGGGCGGUGGACCCCUUUGGAUACAGCCCCACCAUUCCUUACCUGCUGCGCCGUGCCAACCUGACCAGCAUGCUGAUUCAGAGAGUACAUUAUGCUAUCAAGAAGCACUUUGCUGCCACCCACAGCCUGGAGUUCAUGUGGAGGCAGACCUGGGACUCAGACUCCAGCACAGACAUCUUCUGCCACAUGAUGCCUUUCUACAGCUAUGACGUACCCCAUACAUGCGGCCCGGAUCCCAAGAUCUGCUGCCAGUUUGAUUUCAAGCGCUUGCCUGGGGGGCGCAUCAACUGCCCUUGGAAGGUGCCGCCCCGGGCUAUCACAGAUACAAACGUGGCGGAGAGGGCAGGCCUGCUCCUGGACCAGUACAGGAAGAAGUCCCGGCUCUUCCGAAGCAACGUCCUCCUGGUGCCGCUGGGCGAUGACUUCCGAUAUGACAAGCCCCAGGAGUGGGAUGCCCAGUUCUUCAACUACCAGCGGCUCUUCGACUUCCUCAACAGCAAGCCUGAUCUCCAUGUGCAGGCCCAGUUUGGCACCCUCUCCGACUAUUUUGACGCUUUAUACAAGAGGACAGGGGUGGAGCCAGGGGCCCAGCCUCCAGGGUUUCCUGUGCUGAGCGGGGAUUUCUUUUCCUACGCGGACCGGGAGGACCAUUACUGGACAGGCUAUUACACUUCACGGCCUUUCUACAAGAGCUUGGACCGCGUCCUGGAAGCGCACCUGCGGGGGGCAGAGAUUCUGUAUAGCCUGGCUGUGGCUCAUGCCCGGCGCUCUGGACUGGCCAGCCAGUACCCGCUCUCGAACUUCGCCCUUCUCACGGAAGCUCGGCGCACACUGGGGCUCUUCCAGCACCAUGACGCCAUCACUGGCACUGCCAAGGAGGCAGUUGUUGUGGACUAUGGGAUCAGGCUUCUGCGCUCCCUUGUCAACCUGAAGCAGGUCAUCAUUAACGCAGCUCACUAUCUGGUGCUGGGGGACAAGAAAAGCUACCACUUUGACCCUGAGUCACCCUUCCUGCAAAUGGAUGACACCCGCUUAAAUCACGAUGCCCUACCAGAGCGUACAGUGAUCCAGCUGGGUUCCUCACCCAGGUACGUGGUGCUGUUCAACCCACUGGAGCAGGAGCGGCUCAGCGUGGUGUCCCUUCUGGUCAGCUCACCCCGGGUGCGGGUCCUUACAGAGGAGGGUCAGCCCCUGGCCGUGCAGAUCAGCGCGCAUUGGAGCUCUGCCACUGACAUGGUCCCUGACGUCUACCAGGUGUCUGUGCCCGUCCGCCUGCCAGCGCUGGGCCUGGGCGUGCUGCAGCUGCAGCUGGGUCUGGAUGGGCCCCGCACCCUACCCUCCUCCGUGCGUGUCUACCUGCAUGGGCGGCAGCUGUCCGUCAGCAGGCACGAGGCAUUCCCUCUACGCGUCAUUGACUCUGGCACCAGCGACUUCGCCCUCAGCAACCGCUAUAUGCAGGUCUGGUUCUCAGGCCUUACCGGGCUCCUCAAGAGCAUCCGAAGGCUGGACGAGGAGCAGGAGCAGCGGGUGGACAUGGAGUUCCUCAUCUAUGGCACCCGCUCGUCCAAAGACAAGAGUGGAGCCUACCUCUUCCUGCCUGAUGGCGAGGCCAAGCCCUACGUCCCCAAGGACCCUCCCGUGCUGCGCAUCACGGAAGGCCCUUUCUUCUCAGAGGUGGUAGCCUACUAUGAGCAUGUUCACCAGGUAGUCCGGCUUUAUAACCUGCCAGGGGUGGAGGGGCUGUCUCUGGACGUGUCAUCCCUGGUGGACAUCCGGGAUUACGUCAACAAGGAGCUGGCUCUGCGCAUCCAUACAGACAUUGACAGCCAGGGCACCUUCUUCACGGACCUCAAUGGCUUUCAGGUGCAUCCCCGGCGGUAUCGGAAGAAGCUGCCCUUGCAGGCCAACUUCUACCCCAUGCCGGUCAUGGCCUGCCUCCAGGACGCACAGAGCCGCCUAACGCUGCACGCUGCCCAGGCCCUGGGCGUCUCCAGCCUCCACGAUGGCCAGCUGGAGGUGAUCUUGGACCGGCGACUAAUGCAGGAUGACAACCGGGGCCUGGGCCAAGGGCUCAAGGACAACAAGAGAACCUGCAGCCAUUUCCGUCUCCUGUUGGAAAGGCGAACCCUGGGCAGGGAGCCUGGCUUUUUCUCCAAACUGGCAGCCAUGUUUAGGGGCUUGAUCUUUCACAGCAGCAGGAGUGGGCACCGAGAGGUCCAAGAUGGCCCCUCUACCAGUUACCCAUCCCUCCUCAGUCACCUGACUUCCAUGUACCUGAACACCCCUGUGCUCGCCCUGCCCGUGGCCAAGAGGCAGCCCGCAGGCCCUGCUCUGUGCUCAUUUCGUCCUCUGGCCUCCUCUCUGCCCUGUGACUUCCACCUGCUCAACCUGCGGACGCUGCAGGCAGAGGAUGAUAGCUUGCCCUCAGCCGAAACUGCACUCCUCUUACACCGCAAGGGUUUUGACUGUGGCCUUGAGGCCAAGAACUUGGGCUUCAACUGCACCACAAGCCAAGGCAAGGUGGCCCUGGGGAGCCUCUUCCGUGGCUUGGAUGUGGUUUUCCUGCAGCCAACCUCCUUGACGUUGCUAUACCCCCUGGCCUCGCCCUCCAACAGCACUGACAUCUAUUUGGAGCCCAUGGAGAUCGCCACCUUUCGCCUCCGCCUGGGCUAGGGCUUCUUGUGGCCUGAAGAGAAAGUUCAUCCACAGAGAUGGCCUUUUCACAUAAGAUCGGGUUGGACAAGCCACCCCGGGUCUCCUGUCCUGAUCUACCUCUCAGAAUUGUGACAGACUGGGCUCUGCCCUCAUUUUCUCUUUAUCUUUGCUUCUGUGUUUGGGGGCAACCCACAGCCCAGCGUUGGGUGGAUAGGGCAGGCGCCAGUGAGAUGUAGGAGAGAAGGCCCUUGGUCAGAGUGGGUGGUGCCAGCCUCUGCUUUGGGUUGUGCGUGUCCACCGAGUUGGGUGCAGGCUCAAGCACCCAUCCUUUCCCCUGAAUGGGAUGGAGGAGAAGCAGGGGAGCCUGAGUGGGUAAUAGCCCAGCAUCAGGGUCAGAGUAGGCAAGAGCUGGCUCUAGGGGAGUCCUGUGGUUGUGUAAGGACUGUAUGUCCUGGUGUGACAAGCAGGAGUAAAGCAAUGCCAGGAGGAGGGGGCUGGGGACCGAGAGUUAGCAGUGGGGUGGAGGAGUAGAAGGGAUCGCUGCUUUCUGUGACGGCUCCACUCUUAGUGCUCCCUGACCCUCACGCCCUGGCCAGGCGCUGCAGCGUGGCAGGAAGGACUCGUGAAGACUGUCACGACCGGAGGUCAUAGGACAUUUCAGGUACCAAAACCCCAUCUCAGACUGGGCACUUGGUCUGUGUGUUUAUUUGUGGAAUGGUGGCACAGGCCACCCUACUUGACUCCUCUUUGGUUCCUGCACUCUGUAUACCACUGUCCCGAAGAGCUGCUUCCCAUCAUGGGGACAUUUGAUCGGGCAUAUUUCCUUUCCCUGGAAAGAAAAUGAAGCCUCCAACUUGCGGUGGGCAACUCAAGAAAGCUUUCGUCAUCAUUCCUACAGUCAGCCCUGAAGCUUCGCCUUGUUCAUCCUUCGACAGAAGUAUUCACUUCCUGGCGCGGGGACUUAAGGAGAUGUACACUAAAUUAGGAGGCACCGUGGCUGCUCAUUAGCCUUCACUGCAGCUUCGAUUAUUAGAAAAAAAUUUAUGAUAGUCUCUAGAGACACUGAAACGAUAUUUGGUAAAAUUUAAAAUCUAUCCCUUAUUAAACUCUUAGUAAGUUAAGAUUACAAAGAAACAUCCUAACCUAGAUAAAGGUGUCUCUAUCUGAAACCAACAGUCAGUGGCAUUCUAAAGAGUCAGAUACCACCGGCAUUCCCAGUAAAGUCAGAAAUUAGUCAAGGACAUACUAUUAUUUAGCCGUGUUCUGGCACUACUAACCCCUCCAGUGUGGCAGAUGAGAGAGAUGAGGAAGGGUUACAGAACGGCCAACCUGUACAAUCCAACAGGAUCAGCUGAAGACCUUAACAGAGCAAACAAGGCACAUCACGUUUCUAUAAAGAUUCUGGUUCUCUCCAAAUCAGCUCAUAAAUUCAGUGUAUUCCAGUGAGAUUGGAUACUUUUUGGAAUUUAAUGGGUUCUAAUGUUCAUUUGGAGGAGUAAAUGUUUGAGAAUACCAAGAAAAUUCUGAGUGACAGUGAGUCCGGGGCGGUGGUGCUCAGGUGGGUAAAAGACACUUGUCCUAUGAGAUUUCCCAGGGGACUCUUGACUGACCAUGAGUUCAGUCAGUGUGACCUGGAGUGGGAUCAGACUGCUGGAACCAAAGGGAGAGCCUAGCAUCAGGCCCAGGUGUGAGGGGAUUUGGUACAGGACCCAAGGAGUAUUUUAAGUGGGAAAAAGAUGGACUAUUUAAUAAAGAGUACUUUAAGAUAACUGCCUAUCAAAGUAAGAGUUCUCUACCUCACAGUUUCCACAAAAAUUAGCUCUAGAGAGAAAAAACAAAAAAAUUACAGAAUUACUGAGGAAAAUGUAGGAUAUUUUUAUACCUUUGGUGUGGGAAGGUCUUUUCUAAAGAACAUGAAACCUAAAAGAUAUAAUAAGGGAGAAGAUAAACAUUUUACCACCAAAAAUAUAUUGAAAGUUUGUAUAUGAUGGAAACCACCAAGCUUAAAACAAAAAUGACAGAUUUGGGAGAAAAUAUUUGUAGCACUUCAAAAAUUGGUGAGUACAGUUACUUUAGGAGAAUAGCUUGCUUUGGGCUCCUUGGAGCAAGUCACUGGAGCCUGCUAAGCAGCAAUCUAAAGAUUCAGCAGUGACCAGCUGAGUUCUUCCAGGUCAUCCAAGGGCAUUGCUGCCAGCCCCAGGCCAGAGCGCAUGGAAUCCUGUCUAUAUCAUAGUGAAAGAAUGAAGAUUAUCAGUGUGAAGUGCUUAGCACAGUGCCUGGUACAUAUAAGAGCUCAGUAAAUA